AUGACCUUAUCAUCGAACGCGACUACCGCCGCUUCCUUUCCACUGGCCUUUGGUCUGAAGACUUCAUUUGGGUUUAUGCACACUGCAGAGGCUCCCGCCGUUAAUUUACGCGUCAAGGAAUCCUUGCUGCCGGAGAUGAGCGAUGGUGUUUUGGCCUUGGUCGCACCAGUUGUGGCCUACUGGGGGUUAUCCAGUAUAUUCCAUGUGAUAGAUACUCUCCACUUGGCCGAGAGAUACAGAAUCCACCCCAGUGAAGAGGUUGCCAAGAGAAAUAAGGCCUCAAGAUUCCAUGUCUUCCUUGAAGUGAUCCUGCAACACAUCAUACAAACUAUUGUUGGCCUCAUCUUUUUGCACUUCGAACCCACUUAUAUGACUGGGUUUGAAGAGAGUGCCAUGUGGAAGCUUCGUGCUGAAAUUUCCCGAGUCAUUCCAGAUGCCGCCAUUUACUACGGCUACAUGUACGGGGUGUCUGUCUUGAAGAUCUUUGCCGGCUUUUUAUUCGUUGACACAUGGCAAUAUUUCUUGCAUAGAUUGAUGCAUAUGAACAAGACCUUAUACAAAUGGUUCCAUUCCGUCCAUCAUGAACUAUAUGUCCCAUAUGCCUACGGCGCUCUUUUCAACAACCCUGUGGAAGGUUUCCUGUUGGACACAUUGGGAACUGGUAUCGCCAUGACUCUGACCCAUUUGACACAUAGAGAACAAAUCAUCCUUUUCACUUUUGCCACCAUGAAGACCGUCGAUGACCACUGUGGGUACGCCUUGCCACUGGAUCCAUUCCAAUGGCUUUUCCCCAACAAUGCUGUGUAUCAUGAUAUCCAUCAUCAGCAAUUCGGCAUUAAGACCAACUUUGCCCAACCGUUCUUUACUUUCUGGGACAAUUUGUUUCAGACUAACUUCAAGGGGUUUGAGGAGUACCAAAAGAAGCAAAGACGUGUCACCAUUGACAAGUAUAAGGAAUUCUUGCAAAAAAGAGAACUAGAGAAGAAAGAAAAACUUAAGAACUUUAAAGCUAUGAACGCUGCUGGAAAUGAAGUCAAGAAAGAAAUAUAA